AUGGCCGACCUCUCCCUUAAAUCCCGCCACCUCUACCGCGCGCUCCUCCGCGAACUGCCCCGUCGCCCGCUCUCGUCCCCUUCACCUCUCAAACUCCGUUUCCGCGAACGUUUCCAAUCUCCACCAAAAGAAAUCUCGUCGUCGCCCUCGCAGCGUCAACAAGAACUCGAAAAGGCAGAUCAGUUUGUGCGGUAUGCGCGCGCCCAGCGUAUGUAUGCGACACUGGUAGAGCGGUAUAAUCCGGGAAUGGAUAUGGAUCAGGAGGAGAGGGUGCGGUUGUCGGCGCGGAGGGUGGGGAUGAAUUUACCGAUUGAUGUUGAAAGUAAUAAUAAUAAUGAAGGAGGGGAGGGUAGAUGA